AUGUCUAAUUUAAAAUGUUUCCCAAAGUCAAAAACAUCAUGCCCACUUAAACCAUGGCUUGUGGACUUCAUCUUUAAUUAUGUCAGUAGCCACAACGUAACUGCAAAUGCAGUAAAGAUUAUCGAGAAUAUAAAUGAAGAUGAAAAUGGUAACAUAAUGAAACUAGUGACUGAUGGUAAUGUUCAUAUAAAAGCCAAUCUAACACAUCAAUCUAUACAAACUUGUAUUCAAGAAAAUGAUGAUGAUAUGCCACCAUGGGAUAAAGCUUUAAUAUUGAUGAGGAAAUAUUCUCUUUCAUUUCAACCAAAAACUGAGUUGGAAAAUUGUGAAUUUAUUUUGAUUGUUGAUGAGUUUAAGUUGUGGGAUUUACAAACAGGUUUUGAUUUUAAGAAAACACUUCAUCCAUGGCAAUCUGUAAUACCUGUUAAUGAUGAACCAUCAUCUAUAGGAGACAGUAUGGGAUCACAGUUAUUAUCAUUAUUAGCUGAGAUGGGACAAGAGACUCAACCAGAAGACUCUCAACCAGACCAACUUCCCUCUGUUGUCGAUGAUGAUCCAGUUAUGAUUAAAUUGACCCAGGCUCUUUCAGAAGCCACAUCAUCUAUGUGUAGUACAGAUAUUCCACCAGUUAUUACUGGUCCGACUUUGAUAACUGAUAAUCCUUCCUUAUCAGAUAGUCUGAAACAGCCAUUUUUACAGUAUAUUGAUAAUAAAGAUCAUCUUUAUAUCUUACAUGAAACACCUGAAUCUCAGAGUCAACAGUAUGAGGAAUAUGAGUUUAGUUCACCAAGUGAAGUUUCAUUAGAAUUCUCAUGUGAAUCAUCUGAUGACAACAGCACAGAAAACAAAAUGGCACCAAAACCUUCUCGGAAUGAUUCCACAAGUCAAAAUAUUAGACAAGAAAUAAAGUCUCCUGUGUGUAUUGAGGAUGAUUCUGAUAUACCUACUAAUUCUUGUAUACUUACUGGUGAUAAACCAGAAAUUUGUGAGAAUGUGGAGAACAAUGUGGAAGCAUGUGGAAAUGAUACAGAUACAGAGAGAGAGGAAAAUCCCAAUGCUAGUGAAAAUAACAACAAACAAGCAUUCUGUGGAAGUGAAAAUAGUUCCAAUCUCUGUGAAAGUGAUAGAACGCUUGCAAAGUCUAAUUCGGGAUGUAAUAGCGGUCAAUUGAAUUCUAAAGAUUUUUUGCAAAGUUAUGUGAAAUAUUUAAAAGCUUGUAGUACAUCAUUUAACCCCUCUAAUACAAAACAGUGCAAUAUUGGAAAAAGUAAAACUGUCAAUAGUAAAGCUGAUGUUUUAAUAAAUGGUUCUAUAGACAAUGACCAUGAAAAAUCAACUUUGAUAGAAACAAAUCAGGAUAAUGUUGACAAAUCACUUCCAGAAUCUUCAGAAUCUCAAAUUUAUACCAGUCUUGUUGAGAAUGAUUAUGAUUCAAUUCAGUGGUGGUCAUCAGCUGAAGACAAUUCUUGUUUAUCAAGUGAGGAGCAAGACAAGCCACAAGAAUGUGAGAAAAUAUCAGAAGAUGGCAUCAUAACAGAAAGUGACAAAAAUCAAACACACAAAACAUCAAAAUCUGACAAAACUUCCAAACAGAACAAAAGAGUUAAGCGAAAUGAAACAACAGGGGAAAACUGUAAAUCAGAUUUGGAAAAAAUAUCAGAUUGCACCUCUAAACUGGAAGACAAGAGUACUCCAGAACGUGAUAAAAUUAAAGAAUCAGAAUUUAAUUCCUCUGACACUUUGACAGAUGUUGAAGAUAAUGUUUCUGGAACUCAGCCCUUUUCUAUGAAUAGUUCCGUGGAAAUCCUGGAAUCAAUUGGAGAUACAACAUGUGUAGGGUUGAAAUAUAAACGAAAUGUAUCAGAAAAACGGGAAAAUGACAAUGACAAUGACAAUGAGCUGUCUGGCAUGCAGCCAUUGGUUUCCCAGCCUGAAAGAAACAGUGACAGUAUUUCAACACGUGAACCCUCUGAUGAAAUAUUAAAUUCCAACUCUAAUAAUAGCUGUGAAAUUAUUUACAAAUCAAGUUCAUCUUGUUAUGAAAUAAGUGAAUUUGAAUCAAAAAAUUCUUCAGAUUCGAUAAAAAAUAUUGUGAAACCUGUUAUAUGUGAUGCCCAAAAAUCUGGAAAUUCGUCUAUCAUUUAUCAGUCGACUCAGAAAACUGCCAGUAAAAAAGAAAUGCCUUUAUUUCCUCUAUCUCCUAUAAAAAACCCAAAGCAACCCUCUACUAGUAAAGACAAAGCUAAAGACAGUGUUGAAAGCCUUGUAUUUGAUACUGAAUAUGAAGAAGAGCUAAGGUUAAGAGAAUUGGCCAAAGCUGAUCCGAAAACAAACUUGAAAUCAAAGGACAAAUCGACAUCAAAGUUUGGAAACAGUAGUUAUAAUCUUCCUGCAAGUGGAAAGGCUUUGAAUGAAUUAGGUAUGAAGGAGAAAGUGAUUCAAAAUGAACAUGCUGAUAAGAGUGACAAAUCAAAUCAAGAAAAAUUAUCUAAAACAACUGUAUUUAAUUCUGAUAAGGCUUCUAACUCAGAUCUGUUGCUGAUAAAAGCAGCUCAAUCUGCUGAAAAAGGCUUCCCUUUGAAAAUUACAGAAAAUUCCAAUUCUACAAAAUGUCAAACUUUACAAACUUCUGUGACAGUUAAUCCCAGCCCUUCAGAAAAAAUCAGUUCAAAGCCUUUUCAGACUCAAAAAGUAAUUAGUGACAAGGACCCUGAGAUUGUUCAUCCACUGGAAGAAAAUCAUGUUGAAAAAUCUGUGCCUGAGUCUAAUUCAAAGUUAUCAGAAUCAGUGAUCAUUAUAGUUUCAAGUGAAUCGAUAUCUUCUAACUCAGAAGAAUCUCGUUAUUCUCAAAAUGUGGUCAGUUUUUGCACUAGUCCAAGUAAAAAAUGUCCUAGUCAAGUAGCUAAGAGAAAAACUAAAGCGAAUGUUUUAGCUAUGGAUACUGAACCCAACAUUAUAGAUGAAUCUCAAGACAUUCCCACUAGUGAAGUCAAUAACAGUAUUUUAAAUCGUACCACAUUGUGUGCAAGAAAUGAUUCCAGAUUACCUGAACAUGCUAUGAGAAAUGUUCCUCAGUAUUUUGAAGAAUUAUUUGAAGAGGAACCACCGUCUGAAUUACAGCGGAAAUUGUUGAACUUCAAAAUCCUCUCGGACAAGUUUGACUCUAUCCAUAAAUAUAUUCAUAAAUGA